GCUUCAUGUUGAGCCGGCGCGAAAUACAGGUUGCACCAGGAAGUGACGUAACGUUAUGACACUGGAAAAGUGACCCAUCAUCCAAAUAAAAGCUGCACUCCUCUGAUGCUGGUGUGUUUUGAUGGAGAAGUUGCAGCUGGGUGGUUCAGCAGCUGAGUGAAACAUGGACACCCUGUCCAGCCACAGCUCCUACCUGCUGCAGCAGCUCCAGGAGCAGAGGAUCCAGGGUCUGCUCUGUGACUGCAUGCUGGUGGUCAAAGGUGUCUGCUUCAAAGCCCACAAAAAUGUCCUGGCUGCCUUCAGCUCCUAUUUCAGGUCUUUAUUCCAAAAUUCCCCCAGUCAGAAGAAUGAGGUGUUCAACUUGGUCAUCCAGGAUGUCAGCGGCAUCGGCCAAAUAUUGGACUACAUGUACACCUCCCAUCUUGACAUCAACCAAGAUAAUGUUCAAGCACUCCUGGACAUUGCUCUGUGUUUGCAGGUUCCAAAUGUUCAGAGCAUGUGUAAUGCUUUCCUCAAGCCUUGUCCUCCACCGGUGGAAAUCCCCUCAUUUUCUCUUCCGGGCAUGCUGAGCUCUGAGCACGACUGCCUCUUGGGGAGCAGUCUUCCGCACGAUGUUGACCUCCACUGUCCCUCUGAAACCCAGAGGUCUGGCUUCAGCAGUGACAUGGACCACACCAAAAGGAUGCCUGUUUCUGUGUCUAAUAGCGGCUCAAACUGUGACACACCUAGCAGCAUUCAGGCACCUGUAGAAAAACAGCUUGUCCAUGGCUACAAGCUCCGUAACUUCUACAGUAAGCAGUACUUCAGACAAAGUGCACUCGAGACUAGUAUUGCAGCCUUGAAUCAAGGCCCAUGCCCUUUGGUGCUGAUGGAAGAGCAGCAGUGUCCGCUUGCGGUCGGGCAGGGUGGUAGUCACACUCCUGUAUGCUCAGGAAACACAGUUCAGCCCAAUCCUCCCUGCACACCUGUGGCAGUUGAAAAGAACCAAGUCUCCUCUUUAACGCCCUCAGAUAAUUUAAACACCCCCAACUGUGACUCUGCAGACUCCCUGCUCGACAAGCCAGUGCGCCCAAAGAAGACCGUGUACCUGAAGAAAUACAACUACCUCCGCUCUCAGAAGGCUUUGGAGGAGAUGUUUGCUGAAUCAAUGAGUGAACCCGUCCUCAUCUGUCCCAAAGAGAGUCAUCAAGAAGAGUCCGUGGUCCAGGCUGAAGCUUCAGAAGCUCCCGUUCAGGGCCUUGAUGCAGGCAGGGAGCUGGUUGCAGAGACGGCAAUGGAUGCACAAAGUCCCAGUCCUCCACCUGUAAACCAAGAAGAGCAAAAUCCGAUAACUGUGCCAGAGCUACCGACAGGACAAACAGGAAAUAAGCAGUAUUGUUGUGAGUUGUGUGGGAAGAUCUUCAAACACCCGAGCAACCUGGAGCUGCACAAGCGCUCACAUACCGGUGAGAAGCCCUUUCAGUGUAAUGUUUGUGGGAGAAACUUCUCUCAGGCUGGAAAUUUACAGACACAUUUGCGGCGACAUUCUGGAGAGAAACCGUACAUCUGUGAGUUAUGCGGUAAAAGCUUUACUGCAUCAGGGGAUGUCCAUCGUCACAAAGUGGUCCACACAGGAGAGAAGCCACAUCUUUGUGAUAUAUGUGGUCGAGGAUUUAACAACUUGAGUAAUCUCAAGGAGCACAAGAGGACGCACGCCACAGACAAGACAUUCAUAUGUGACCAGUGUGGAAAAUCCUUCAACACGCACAGAAAGCUUCUGAAGCACAAAGCCCGCCACAUCGGGGAAAAACCGCACAGCUGUGCCACCUGUGGUAAGUGCUUCAUCGGCUCAGGGGACCUGCAGCGUCACAUAAGGUCACACACUGGUGAGAAACCCUACAUCUGUGACGCCUGUGGAAAGAGCUUUACCCGCUCCGCCAUGCUGAGGAGACACCGCAGCAUGCACUGCAAGGGGGCUCCAGCCGGCAGCCCGGUCGCCGACAACUCUGACUCACCCAAACCUGUCAGCCGCAGUAAACGUCCUGCCGCAACCAGCGAGCAGCAUUUCCCCAGCAUGAUGCCCCACUCAGGGUUAGAGAAACCCUCACCGCCUACUCCUUCACCACCACAACCACCACCGCCACAUAUAGAGACUCCACCUCCCAGCAUGCACCUCAGCCCAGCUUCUACCCCCACCCCGCUUCCAGAGCUGCGCACGCUGGUGCCCCAUCACCUCCUCUCCUCCAGCCACCAGGAGAGAAGUUCAGCCCUGACUGCCACAGACCAUAUGAAGCUCGCCAAACCCCACCUGUCUCCGGAGGCUGUGUACGGUCCGUAUGCGGAGGACGGGUGUAUGCCAAUGGAGAUGGGCAGAGGUAUGGUGGGGAGGUCCUACCUUCCUCCCACAGACAAUCACUGCAGUUCACUCACUUCUUCUAGCAGGCCCAAUAGUGGGUCCUACAGGUCCACUGAAGGACAGUUUAUCUCCAGUGUAACUCUGUGGGGCCUGACAAUGAAAACUCUGCAGAGUGAUAAUGACAUGGAGCAGUAAAAUGAGAUAUUAGAUAAGCACAGCGUAGCUAGUUCACUGAUGUUUGGAUUGUUAUCACCUGGCUCUUGAUUGGUUUAAACUGACUUGUAACACAAAAAAUGGUAACAUGAAAUAGAAAUACAGUAAUAUGAAUUAUUCAUAGCUGGAAAUGUUUUAUUUAUGUGUUUAUAGUUUUUUUGCCAUUACUCAAAAUCAAAGAAAGUGCUUCCUAGUUUUUCUUAAAGGUACAGUGUGUAGGUUUUGUCGACAUUUAGUGGUGUGGUUGCAGAUUGCAACCAACUGAGUUCCCUUCCUCUCUUUCCAAAACUGCGCCAACGUGAGCCGCUGAGUGUAAAAUCGUGUUAAAGCUGUUCAAUAACACUACUUUAAGCACUGCCGCCUCACAGCGAGAGGGUCGCAGGUUCAAACCCGGCUUGGGGCCCUUCUGUGUGGAGUCUGCAUGUUCUCCCCG